UUCAUCAUCAACUUCUAGUGAUUUUAAGGGUUUAGGCUCAUCCUCACAUUCUAGUUCCGCACCUCAUGCUGAUGCUACGAGUCAUGGCUCUUCAUCUUUCUCACAUUCAAGUUCAGCUUCAGGAUCAUCCUUACAUUCUGGUUCAUUUUCGCAUUCUGUUUCUUCUGAAGGUUCUGACUCUUUCACAGAUUCUAACAAGUCUAAUGAUUCUGGUUCUGCUAUGACUUCUCACUCUUCAUCUGGUUCCGGGGCUUUAAGCUCCUCUUCAAGUUCUGGUUCUUCAUCAGGUUCUAAUGAUUCUAAGCGUUCUGGCUCGUCUUCGCAUUUCAGUUCUGCAAGUCAUAUUGUUGCUACGGGUCAUGGCUCUUCAUCUUUCUCACAUUUAAGUGCAGCUUCUGGAUCAUCUUCACAUUCCAGUUCAUUUACACAUUCCGCUUCUUCUAAAGGUUCUGGCUCUUCCACAGAUUCUAAAAAGUCUAAGGAUUCUGGUUCUGCUACGACUUCUCAUUCUUCAUCAGGUUUCGGGGCUUCAAGUUCUGGUUCUUCAUCAGGUUCUAAUGAUUCUAAGCGUUCUGGCUCAUCUUCACAUUUCGGUUCUGCAAGUCAUAGUGUUUCCAAGGCUUCUGGUUCUACUACGACUUCUCACUCUUCAUCAGGUUUCGGGGCUUCAAGUUCCUCUUCAAGUUCUGGUUCUUCAUCAGGUACUAAUGAAUCUAAGCGUUCUGGCUCGUCUUCACAUUUCGGUUCUGCAAGUCAUAGUGUUGCUAUAGGUCAUGGCUCUUCAUCUUUCUCACAUUCAAGUGCAGCUUCUGGAUCAUCCUCACAUUCCGGUUCAUUUUCACAUUCCGCUUCUUCUAAAGGUUCUGGCUCUUCCACAGAUUCUAAAAAGUCUAAAGAUUCUGGUUCUGCUACGACUUCUCACUCUUCAUCAGGUUCCGGGGCUUCAAGUUCCUCUUCAAGUUCUGGUUCUUCAUCAGGUUCUAAUGUUUCUAAGCAUUCUGGCUCGUCUUCACAUUUCGAUUCUGCAAGUCAUAGUGUUGCUACAGGUCAUGGCUCUUCAUCUUCCUCACAUUCAAGUGCAACUUCUGGAUCAUCCUUACAUUCCAGUUCAUUUUCACAUUCCGCUUCUUCUAAAGGUUCUGGUUCUUCAUCAGGUUCUAGCAAUUCUAAGGGUUUUGGCUCAUCUUCACAAUCUGGUUCUACAAGUCACAAUGUGGCUAUGGGUCACGGCUCUUCAUCUUUCUCACAUUCAAGUGCAACUUCUGGAUCAUCUUCACAUUCUAGUUCAUUUUCACAUUCCGCUUCUUCUAAAAGUUUUGGCUCUUCAUCGGGUUCUAGCACUUCUGAGGGUUCAGGCUCAUCCUCACAUUCUAGUUCAACUUCCGGGUCAUUGUCCCAUUACAAUUCAUCUUCACACACUGGUUCUUUUAACCAUUUUAGUUCCUUUAAUGGUUCCGAUGCUUCUAACUCUGCCACAAACUCUAGUACGUACACAAGUUCAGAUAAGUUAUCAUGUUGUAAAUAUUCUAAGGAUUCUAAUAAUUUGAAUUGCACAUCAGGUUCCGGUGAUUCAAGCUUUUCCACAGGUUCAAGUUCUGGUGAUUUUAAAGAUUCACAUGCUUUAUCACCUUCUGGUGAUUCCAGUUCUUCUACGUCUUCUAGUUCUGCCAUGAGCCCUUCCACAGCUGUUGAUUCUCCUAACGGUGAUAGCCUUACAACUUUAGGCUCUUCCGCACACAUUGGUUCUUCUUCAACAUCUAGUCACUCUACGACACAAAUCGGUUCUUCUGCGAGAUCUAGACACUCUACGGCACAAAUCGGUUCUUCUGCUAUAUCUAGUCACUCAGCCGCACACAGCAGUUCUUCUGCAACAUCUAGCUACUCAGCGGCACACACCGGUUCUUCUGCAACAUCUGGACACUCUGCGAUACACACUGGUUCUUUGAGAGGCACCAAUUCUUACGAUGCUCAAGGUUCUACAAACUCUGGUUCUUCAAUAAGUUAUGAUAUUUCCACGGGUUCUGACAAAAGCCAAUUUGCUCAUAGUUUCUCUAAGGUUUUUGCUUUUGGAGACUCGUACACUGACACCGGAAAUGCCCAAUCAUUAGGCAUUAUGAAAAGCUUUGUGAGUGAAUUUUUAUCAGAAUUCGAUCAAGCCAUGCACUCAAACCUCGAGUUUACUGGUAGAUCAAGUAAUGGUCGCUUGGUUAUUGAUUUUCUUUGUGAUUCUCUCAACAUAUCUAUGUUGCCACCAUUUGAAGUUGCUUCUAAGAACCGUUCUAUCAAAGAAAACUGUGGAGUGAAUUUUGCAGUCGGAGGUUCGACGUCUCUUUCGGGUGACUUUUUUAGUGCUCACAAGGUUUCCAAUAACUUUGUGUGGCAAGGCACUCCAUUAGGUUUCCAGACACAAAUAGAAUGGUUCAACCAGUUCUUCACAGAAAAAGCCUGCAAUGGGAAAAUCACAGAACAAUGCAAGGCACAAAUGGCAAACAACCUCAUUUGGAUUGGGCAAAUGGGUGCAGAUGACUUUGCCCGUGUUAUCGGGUCUUCUGUUUCCUUGCGGUGGCUCACCGAUAUAACUCUCGAUCAAAUCUCCAAAAUCCUCACGACGGUGUUGGACAGUGGUGCAAAGUUCAUCGUGGUUCAAGGACUACCACCGGUGGGGUGUUGGCCAUUAGCCAAGUUAUUAACUCCCCAUUUUGCCAAGGACGACAUGGGGUGUUCCGAGGUUAUCAAUAAAGCAGUAAUGGCUCACAAUGAUCUCUUACAGAAGACACUGGAUGAAUUCCAGAAAAUACAUCCCGCCGCUAUAAUCGCAUAUGCCGACUAUUACAAUGCAUUCAAGACAAUCUUGGGAAACCUCACUGCUUUUGGUUUUUCAAAUGGAGUCAACACAUGUUGCGGCAUCGGGGGUGGACUCAACUUCAACUUGGACAUUCUAUGUGGCAUGCCUGGCACCAACACUUGCAGCAACCCUAAUAGUUACAUUAAUUGGGAUGGAGUUCAUCUUACAGAAGCGAUGCAUAGACAAAUCACUCGCCUCUUCCUCCAGGACGGCUAUUGCAAACCACCUUUCGCCGACCUCGUCAACAAGCAUCAUAGCUUACUUCAAACCUCUCAUCCAUAGGCUCACUAUU